AAGAGAAAAAGUUUCCGAAGUGCCGGUAACAGCCUGUCACUCACUCCUAACCUCCAUCCCUGAGAGCCAGCUUGUGGUUGUCAUGUGUGGGCGAGAUUUUCCACCGCGCUCCUAGGAUUUCGGUGUAAUAUCCACAUGUUUGGUUCAUUGUUUUAUUUUAAACACGACUAAUUUAAUCAGGAGGACGGCUCCGCUUGAAGCUGGGGAACUUAUUUUUGGCUGCCUGCUUGCGUUUGAAGUUCUUUUUGCCCUGUUCACGCGCACACACACGCACGAGAGAGAGAGAGAGAGAGAAAGAGAAAGAGAGAUGGCGGGUGUGACACUUCAGGCUGGCUGCUUGCGGGGUCUGCCUGAGGGCGACCUGCUUGACCCGGUGUUCCAGCAGCGGCUAGAAGACGCCCGGUCCCUGCUCAGGCAGGAGAUCCAGCGAGAACUGAAGAUCAAGGAGGCAGCAGAGCGGCUACGGCGUGCUGUCACCAACAAGAAGAGUGCCGCUGAUGUGGAGGGUCAACUACGCGCCUCCACUCGUAAACUGGAGCAACUUCACUGGGAACUUCAGGAGCUGAAUGCACGUGCCAUGGCUACAGAGAGAGACCCCACCACAGAUCCUGCCAUUUCUCCAGACCCGUGCCACUGGGAGGACUCCACGUCUCCUCUGGGCAGUCGCAUCCGCACUCUGAAGAAGCAGCUCAACAUGGAGCUGAAGGUGAAGCAAGGAGCCGAGAACAUCAUCCAGAUGUAUGCCAGCUGUUCAGUCAAGGACCGAAAGAUGCUGUCCACAGCCCAGCAGAUGCUGCAGGAUAGUAGGACCAAAAUCGAGCUGCUGCGCAUGCAGAUUGUGAAAGUGACUCAGGCCAGAGAGGGAGAGCGUGAGGCCUCAGAAACAGAAGGUCGUCCUUCGGAGACCAUCACCCCCCUGGAGCUGAGAAUGGAGGAGCUUCGGCACCACCUGAGGAUCGAGGCUGCGGUAGCUGAAGGAGCCAAGAAUGUGGUGAGGCAGCUCGGAGGCCGCAGAGUUCAAGACCGCCGCGCCUUGGCUGAGGCUCAAGCUCGUCUGCAGGAGUCCUCUCAGAAGCUGGAUCUUCUGCGUCUGUCUCUAGAGCGGAGGCUCCAGGAGCUUCCUUCAGACCACCCCAAACUGGCUGACAUAAAAGAGGAGCUGACAGUGGGAACCUCACCUAUUCUGGGCCUGCAAAGGGACCGUCAGCGCUCUUCACCAUCUGCCUCCUCAUCUUCGUUCUUCAAACCUGCCAGUCUUACAGGUCGGCUGGAAGUCAGAUUAAUGGGCUGUCAGGAUCUGUUGGAAUCUGUGCCAGGCCGCUGUCGCGUGGCCUGUGCUUCCUCCUCCCCCAGCAGCCCCUCUGAAGCCAAGUCCCUGAGAAUGAGGACCGGCCUGUCCACACGCAGCACCAAUGGCAAGAUGACCAAACCUGAUGAAUUAUCCACUGAAAUCAGUGCAGUGUUGAAGGUGGAUAAUCGGAUGGUUGGUCGAACAAACUGGCGGCCUGUGGGCAAAGAGGCCUGGGACCAAAGCUUCAGUAUUGAACUGGAGAGGUCCCGUGAGCUGGAGAUUGGUGUGUACUGGCGGGAUUGGAGAGCUUUGUGUGCUGUGAAGUUCCUGCGCCUGGAAGACUUUCUGGAUAACCAGCGGCAUGGCAUGUGCCUUUACCUGGAACCACAAGGCACACUGUUCACUGAGGUGAGAUUCAUCAACCCUGUCAUUGAGCGGCAUCCGAAGUUACAGCGGCAGAAACGUAUAUUCCCCAAAGAGAAAGGUAAAAACUUCUUACGGGCUGCACAGAUGAACAUGAACUUUGCCACGUGGGGCCGUCUGAUGAUGAGUGUGUUACCACCGUGCAGCAGCAACAUUACUGCAAUGAGCCCCCCGCUGGCCUCCACUGACCUGCCCUCUCCACCUCCAACCCAACAGCCUGAUCUCACUUCCCCUCCAUCUGCAGAAAAAACCUCCACAUCCACCCCUCCUCCACCUGGAGACUCUGCAGUUGUUAAACUGAAUUUCAGUGAGGAGCGACCUCCCAAACCCCCUCGUCUCUAUCUGACAAGGACCGAGAGCCCUGCGUCCGUGAACUUGAAAGGCAACCAAGCUGAAGAUUGUGGAGGCAGAGCUGUGCUGCAAUCCAUUCCUAAGCAAGCACAUGAGCUGCAGAUGGAUAAUUUCAUCUGUAUCUCUGUCCUUGGCAGAGGCCACUUUGGAAAGGUGCUGUUAGCAGAGUAUAAGAGCACAGGGAAGUUGUACGCCAUAAAAGCCUUGAAGAAAGGGGAUGUAGUGACACGUGAUGAAGUUGACAGUCUAAUGUGUGAGAAGAGGAUUUUUGAGACCAUUAAUGCAUCCAGGCACCCAUUUCUCGUCAACCUUCAUGGCUGCUUCCAGACAUGCGACCAUGUGUGCUUUGUUAUGGAAUAUUCACCUGGAGGUGACCUGAUGACCCACAUACACUCCAGCAUCUUCACUGAACGCCAGGCCCGAUUUUAUGCUGCCUGUGUACUCCUGGGUCUCGAGUUUCUGCACCAGAACAAAAUUGUUUAUCGGGACCUGAAACUGGACAAUCUGUUAAUGGACGCUGAUGGCUUUGUGAGAAUAGCAGAUUUUGGACUUUGCAAAGAAGGUAUGGGCCACGGUGACCGGACAUCCACCUUCUGUGGAACCCCAGAAUUCUUGGCCCCUGAGGUUUUGACAGACAGCACUUAUACCCGCGCUGUGGACUGGUGGGGCCUCGGCGUGCUCAUCUACGAGAUGCUAGUGGGAGAGUCUCCCUUCCCAGGUGAUGAUGAGGAGGAAGUGUUUGACAGCAUAGUGAAUGAUGAAGUGCGUUACCCCAGGUUUCUCUCCCCUGAGUCAGUCUCUAUCAUUCAGAAGCUGCUGCAGAAAAACCCAGAAAAACGUCUCGGUGCUGGAGAGCAGGACGCUAACGAGGUGAAAAGGCACAGGUUCUUUCAGGGAGUGGACUGGGAAGCCUUGCUGGCCAAGCGAGUGAAGCCUCCGUUCCUGCCGAGCAUCAAAGCCCCGGGUGACGUGAGCAACUUUGACGAGGAGUUCACGCGCCUGAAGCCCGUGCUCACCCCUCCACACACACCCUUCUUCCUCACAGCCGAGCAGCAGGAGAUCUUCGCAGAUUUCGACUUCUCCUCGCUUCACUGACUGCCUGAGACUUGAUGGACAAGCGGAACGCGACACAUCGAGGCUCCUGUCCUAAUCCUGCCUGAGCUCUUUCUUCUCAUUCUUUUUCUCUACCUAUGCAGUUGCGCCGAGUGAAGCUGAGUCACUGUCACAAAGUCUGUGUGCUUUUUCUGCUGCUGGCUGCACUUGAGCUACAUCUGAGUUUCUUCUGAUGAAAGAAAGCAGCACUUGCAGUGUAGCUAUAACUCACUGCUGUCCUGCCUCCAAAAUGAAAGAGAACCUGUCAUCACUGUGAGCUAAGCCUUUUUCCUGUCCUGCAAUGCGUUGCUACUGAUUGUGUGCGUGUGCCUGCUAUUACAGUAGAAGGUCCACGCUGAAUUUAAUUUUCACUCCUUUACUUUCAGCCUCCACAAAGCACUGGUGUGUCUGCACGUCUUUCUUAGAUCCAUCAACUGUUUAAUCAGUUGAUCCUGAACAUGAGUCAACUAUUACUUGUGGAUCCUUCUUGGCUAGUAUGAAACCCUGAUCUCUAGAGCUCUGGAGUCUGCACACAUGACUGCACCAGUCAUUACUUGUUACAUUUUUUCCUUUUUCCAAUUCAUUCUGUAGUCCGUGUAUUCAGAAGUCUUCCAGCUCAGAGCUGUAGAGCUUUGAUACACUGAGUAUGUAUGGAUUUUUUAUUUAUUUUUUUUUUUUACAUAAUUUACACCUGAAUGAAGCUUUGUAUAUAUAA